AUGGGUCGCUGUAAAUUGUGGCAAGUGAUUGAUAGAGUUGCAAGCAAUAGCGACUUGGGAGUUCUUUUCACUGCCGAUCUGAACUUCCGCCCUCACAUUGACUCCAUCUGCUGCCGAGCCCUCAAAUCGCUUGGCUUCGUAAUGCGCACCAUGAAUGAGUUCAAGCUGUCUAAAUCUCUCAAGACUGUCUACUGCUCUUUAGUCCGAAGCAUGCUUGAGUAUGCGUCUGUGCUCUGGGACCCAUUUGUGGUAAUUGAUUCUUGCCACUUAGAGCGAGUACAAAGGCGCUUUCUGUCGUCUGCAGCUUACAUGCUAAAAAUUGUCCAUCCUCCUCAUGACUAUACUCCAGUAUUGCGCGCACUUGGCCUUACAUCUUUAGCAGAUAGGCGCGUUAAAGCUAAUCUGGCCUUUUUAAAAAAGUUAAUCGAUGGUUCCCUAAACGCCCCUUCACUGCUCGUCCAAGUAAACUUUAAAGUUCCUCAUCGGGCCACAAGGUCUCGAGUUCCUUUUGCUGUACCUCUCCACUGUACCAAUUACGGUAAAAACAAACCAAUUGACCGCAUGAUGCGGUUGGCUAACGAGGACCCCUCCUUUCUCAGUUUACCUUAA